GAGGGGAAGGGGGAGACAGCCAGUGAGCGUGCCGAGCGAGAGAGUGAGGAGAGAAGGGCAUAGUGAGCGUGAGCGAGUGAAAGAGUGAGAUAAGCAGAGAGAGCUGCAUCUCCUGAGCGCAUUCAGCUUGCAGCAGUUCGAGAGGCAGGCGGGCAGAGUAGAGGGGGAAGAGCACCAGUAUCUCAUAGGAGGGGACGACACCACACCUCUCUCUCUCCCUCAGACUCACACACACUCUCUGUCAAGUCACACACUCGUUUGUGAGGAGGCAUAAGGCUCAGGAGGAGGAACACCACAGCACACGCUGUUCUUCUGCUUUAGCUUUGGAGAGCUGUCUCUAGAAGACUGGACCAGAGCUGUAUCCAUCGCUUCAUCCAUCUCUCCUUCCUCGCUUCACAUCCCUGCAUCACAGAAGCAGCUCUCCGUCACCUGCCUCUCAACCAUCUGGACUGAUUUGCUCUCUGUCAUCCACCCAACCUCGGAUCAGUGGGGUUCUCUGCUUGUCUCUGCUCUCCUCCAUUCAGCCAAGAAAUCCAGAGACCCACUAAGAGAGCAACUGACCGACCGACUGACUGAAGGACCAACCUUCCAACCGCAAUCAUGAACUUCCUCCGUCGCCGGCUCUCUGACAGCACCUUCUUGUCCAACCUGCCCAAUGGCUACAUGACUGACCUCCAGAGGCCUGACCCAGCUGCUCCUCCUCCCCCAACCACUUCCUCUACUGACCAGCUGGACCCAGCACCUGCCCCAGCGGCGGUCCCUGCCCUGUCCCCGACCAAAACUCCAGCACCGUCCCAGGCGCCGGCCAGCUCCCCUGCAGCUCAGGAGCGGCGUCUAUCCCAGGUGGCUCAGCCGUCUCCACAGGCCCAGUCCUCCUCCUCCGGUGGUUCCUCUGGCUUCUUCAGCUCCUUCAGCUCCAUCACCAACGCGGUUAAACAGACGGCUGCAACCGCCGCCGGGUUCGUGGAGCAGUCGGCGCCUUCUCCCUCCCUCUCCAAGAAGUUCAAGAUCCUGUUGGUCAUUGACGAGCCCCAGCAUGAGUGGGCCAAAGUGUUUCGGGGAAAGAAGAUCCUUGGAGACUACGACGUCAAAGUGGAGCAGGCCGAGUUCUCUGAGGUCAACCUCAUCUCGCACUCAAAUGGAACCUGUAACGUGGACAUGCAGGUCGUCAGGAGCGGUACCAAAGUGGUCAGGUCGUUCAGGCCCGACUUUGUCUUGGUGCGUCAACACGCCUUCAGCAUGGCGCAGAACGAGGACUUCAGGAACUUGAUCAUCGGCCUGCAGUAUGCGGGCGUCCCCUCGGUCAACUCUCUGGACUCCAUCUACAAUCUCUGCGAUAAGCCCUGGGCCUUUUCUCAUUUGAUCAAUAAUCAGAAGAGGUUGGGUUCGGAUAAGUUCCCUCUCAUUGACCAGACCUUCUACCCCAACUACAAAGACAUGAUUUCAACACCAAGCUUCCCAGUGGUGGUGAAGAUCGGACACGCCCACUCUGGAAUGGGAAAGGUCAAAGUGGACAAUGUGAGUGAUUUCCAGGACAUUGCGAGUGUGGUGGCCAUCACUCAGACCUACUGCACCACAGAGCCAUUCAUAGACGCCAAGUACGACAUCAGGGUCCAGAAAAUCGGCACUGACUACAAAGCAUACAUGCGAACAUCCAUCUCUGGUAAUUGGAAGAGCAACACCGGAUCUGCCAUGUUGGAACAAGUAGCCAUGACUGACAAGUAUAAGCUGUGGGUUGAUACCUGUUCAGAGAUCUUUGCAGGACUGGAUAUCUGUGCCAUCAAAGCCAUCUGUGGGAAGGAUGGUAACGACUACAUUACUGAGGUUGUGGGUUCAUCUAUGCAGUUAAUCGGUGACCACCAGGCAGAGGACCGCCAGCUCAUCUCAGAGGUGGUGGUCACAAAGAUGAACCAGGUUCUGGCCCCCAGGUCGUCCUCCGCCUCCCGUUCACCCGCCCGCUCCCCUCAGGGCAUGAAGCCGACCACCGUGCAGCCCCAGCAGACUGCCGCCCUGAAGGAAGCAGAUCCGAACAGGACCUCAGGCCCGCGCCCUCAACCUCAAGGUGCACCAAUGAAAUCAAAGAGUGUGGACCCAUCAUCAGAGUCAGUGAAGAGAGCAUCUGAACCAGCGCCUGAGCAGGCCCAGAAACCUGGUCCCGCUCAGAAACCUGCUCAGGCUCAGAAGCCAGGCCCGAUCCAAAAGGCCGCCUCAGUCACAAGGCCUCCAGUGCCGAGGCCUCCACCGAUGACAAGAGCCCCGUCUGUCACAAGGCCAGCUCCAGGCUCUCCCCCAACCAAAGCAGCAGCCGUCACAGCUGCCAAAUCUCCUGCUCUAGCUCCAGCUCUAGUUCCAGCUCCAGCUCUAGUUCCAGCCCAAGCUCUAGCUCCAGCUCUAGUUACAACCCAAGCACCAGCCCCAGCUCCUGCUCCAGCCCCAGCUCUAGCUCCAGCUCUAGUUCCAGCUCUAGCCCCAGCUCCAACUCCAGCCCCAGGCCCAGCCCUAGCCUCUCCCUCACACUCAGCCUCAGCUACAGCCCAAGCCUCGCCCUCAGCCUCAGCUCCGACAACAGAGCAGCCCAAGCCCCAGUCUCAGGGCUCUCCGUCCCCAGCUCCCGGCAAACCAAAAGAGCUGCCGCCCAAACCCACACCACCUGCAAAGCCCAUCCCACCUGUACGCAGGAAUUCAAGGCCUCAGCUCCAGCCAAAGCCACAAACCCCACUUCCUCCCAAACUCCAGCCUGCUGCACCAGCCCCGGAACCCACUCUGGCCUGGGAUGCUCCCCAAACCUCAGCUCCUUCCCUGGCUCAGUCCCCGCCUAAUGCUCAGUCUCCAGAUAAGGCUCAGCCCCAGGCCAAGCUGGCCUCUCCCUCUGCAGAUGCCGAGUUUGACCCAUUUGAGGCAGCUGCGGCCCCCGAUGAGUCCGAGGCCCCAGUGGAUGAGCAGCCAGCUUCCCAGCAGAAGACCCAUCCUCUGCUUAAUAAGUCACAGUCCCUGACCAAUGCCUUCAACGCUUUCAGCGACUCCUCUUUCUUCCGCGGGGGCUCGAGCUCCAGAGGCGACGGCCAGGAGGAGGCAAAGGCGGAGACCAUUCGCAACCUCCGAAAGUCCUUCGUCAGCCUUUUCUCUGACUAGACACGGCCAACAACAACAACAACAACAAAAAACAUAGUCGGCCCUUCGCUGCGUCUGGCCCCGUCUCUGACCUUUGGCCAGCCAUGACUCGAUUGACAGUAAAUGUGAACCAGUCUGAGAUUAAAAUCUGUGUGUUAACUGUUCUGUAUUCCCUCCGCCCCCCCGGUCCCUCCUCUCCUCCUCCACUUUUCUCUGUGUGAGUAACAGUGAGGCCUGCUGGGUAGGAUGUUCAGUGAAAUGAUGACUGUGCCAGAGUCAUCGGACUGAAGGAGUUACGUCAUUGAAUAGAUUAGAUUGACUGGAACGAGAAAAUGUUUAUUUUUCCCGGAGCACACCCAAAGAAUACUUUCAGAAAUAUAUAUAUAUAUAUAUAAGGUAUAUUAUUCUCAACUACAGAUGGGAUGUACAUACAGUAUAUAUAAAGUAAAUAAAUAUAAACAUGUAUAACUAUAAAUGGAGAUAAGCCAAUAUUUAAUAAUAAGAAAAGACCCAUAAAUCAAGUGACACUUUUCAGUUAGCUUUCGUCAGUGGCAUAACUCUUUCCCUCAUUGGCUGGAUUUAUACACAUUUAAAAAAACAAAACAGUUAUUUGAUUGUUUCCCCUUCGCACACACACACACACACACACACACACACACACACACACACACACACACACACACAUAGACAGUGAAUUGAGUUCCGUCAGUAAGUGACAUUGAUCGUGUUAAUCCAGCCCGUCUCUCUGGUCCUUGGACUCGUCAUCACUGCCCCCCCACCCCACCCCCUUUUUUUGUCUCUGAAGUUUGUUGUCGUCUGAGGGAGCUGAAGAUCUGUGUGUGUGUAUGUAUUCAUCUGUGUUCAGUUGUUAUGCAUGGCUCCUCCGAGGGGUUGGGUGUGUCUUUGGAGCAGAAGGGAGCUCCAUCAGUGUUGAGUUUUUGCCCUCCGUUGCCUCUCGCUCUCUCUCUCUCUCUCUCUUUCUCUUUCUCUCUAGAUGUUGUAGCCUUAUUGUGAACAACUCACAGCUCCGUUUGUUAGUUGUGCAGAUCUGAGUCAACGACGGCUUGCAAAUCCAUUCAUUUACCUGACUUAGAAAACGACAGAAGGCGCGAUCGAUCGCUGCCUUGCUAGUGGGUUCGUUCCAAAUGGGCCAGUGAGGAACUCAAUCCUCCAAGGUAAAUGAAUGCAUUUUCAAACAGUCACUUGUGUCUGUUGCUGUGACUGGUGAUUUCUUGUUUCACCUCUGUGUAGAUCUAUCAACGGUAUUGUAUUUGUUGAUUAUUCUCAUAAAAAGACAUUGAGACAGUAGUGCAAUAACACCUCGACAUGACUGUUGAGCACUGUCAACCUGUUAUAAAUAUAGAUAUGACCAUCCGUACAUACAGGACCUGUGUAUCUGUUAAAAACCUUCUUCUUACAUUGCCCUUUAAGAUUCCUUUCAGUGGCGACACCCCAGGUUGCUUAUUACUGCCGUUGGAUGCCAGGCUUUGGAUUAAUAUGCCAUAAUACAGUGUUGGAUUUUCAGGACUCACUUUAAGGCAACCUGGAAUAAACCCGCCCGAAACUUGACUGGUCUUUUUCAGUUGCGUUGCUUCAUUUCAAGUCCAUGUGUGUAGAAACUAUUCAGAAAAUAUAUCAAUCUCAACACGUAACAACUGCAUAUCAACCUCUCUGCUUCUCCAUCAUUAGUACUUUGUUGCAAGUAAACAUAUUGUAAUUGUAUUUAUGAACGUGUCAUCUCAGGAGUUUAUUUUUUGUAAUAUAUUAACGGAUUUAUUUUUUUGAAGUCCCAUAUUGAUGGUAUAGUAUAUUCUUUGUUUUGUAUUGUGAUUUUAUUUGUAAUGCAAUAUUGCUUUGCAUGAUCUGGUGACUAAUAAUGGUUUUUUUUUUCUGUACAGAUAAAAAGUUAAUAAAGAUGUUGUUCCAU